AUGGAUAAGAUGAUGAAGCCAUCGACUUUAGAAAAGAGAAAGUUUAAGGCAAAGAAGAGAGAGAUAAUGAACAACGACGAAGCUUCUACUUCUUCCUCAUGUUCUUCAUCUUCUACCUCUAACCCUAAUUCUACUCGAAUAGUUUCGCGAGUGGCUCGUAGAUUACGAAACCCUACGAUGCGGUUAGGUAUGGCUCGACGAAGCGUUGGAGAACGACAAGCCGAAGCCUUGGCGCUUUCUCUGGGAAUGUCAUUCGCAGCUUUUACAAAUCUGGUUCUUGAGAGAAAAAGUGCCGCGGAUCAGAAUGUUCAUGUCGAUGAUCUUGCAGUAGUAAGUACUUCCGUUGUCAAAGAAGCUUUAGUCAGCGUCUAUGGUGAAAAGCUUGGUUCCUUUGCGACCAGAUUUGAGAAAUCAUUUAAAAGUACUCUAAAGAUUCUCAAGGUGACCAAUGAAUCCGCAUUUGCGCAUUAUCAGUUAAACAAUAAUAAUGUUGCGAGUUUUAAUCUAGACCCUUCUACAAUAGAAGGAUCCUCAUCAGACACCGAGCUAACUGCAAAGGAAACUUCAUCUACUACGUCUACUUAUGAAACUGUUCAAGGCGGUGCAAGACCAACCUCUUCGAUGAACGAGCUUGUCCUGAACGAAGACACUCGACAACUCUCAACAAUGUCCUUGACCACAUUCGAACAACGGUCUCUAGAAGAGAAAGCACGAGCAAACGACCUAUCAUACAUGAAGAAUUUUCUUACAGUUAGGAAACUAUGUCUGAAAGAGGCUGAGCUGGUACAAAUGGAAGAAUCAAACAACCUGAAGAAAAUCAAAAUAGAGAUGGAUGUCUCGAAAGCUGCUUUCAAAGCCGAGAAAUUCAGUACUCAAAAACAAGAUACAAGAAAAGACGAAAUGGUCACGGUACUCAACGACUGGCUCGUCACAAGCGUCUACAUCAUGCUAAUUGCUAUGGUUUAUGGCGCUUACAUGUUCUCACAACAGAGAAUCAUGGAAUGUGAGCCAUCAUCAUCAGAGGAAGAUGAAUCCGGAUGGGUUCCUAAACAAGUGUCACUGUUACACACAGAGUUUAACUUCUUGAUUUGUCGGCUUCGUGUUUGGAUACCGAGUAGCUUCAGUGUCUUGAUGAUCCUAAUCUUCACUUACUUCAUAAUCCAACGGUCGUCGGGUAUGAAGCAGGCGAUGCCGGUUAGUUUCAUCGUUGUUUUCCUCGGCGUUUUUUGCGGUUUGAUUGGCAAGUUUAGCGUCGACACGUUGGGAUGCAACGGGAAACUCUGGCUGAUUCUUUGGGAAGUGUUUUGUGCUUUGCAAUUGGCUGCAAAUGUCUACAUGUUGCCUUUGCAUGGUUUGAUCUAUGGUCCGACUCAAGGGACUAUGGUUCCUUAUAGGGCACGGCGUGUUUUAUUCUUUGGUUUGGUUAAUUUGUUGCUUCCUGUGAUUAUUGGUUUUUUGCCAUUUGCUGCUACAUUUGGUGAAUGA